GCCUUGUCACCCUUCAGUCAACUAAACAGCUCCGAGGCGAUAGCAUCCAUUUAUCCAAAAUAUUUGUGUUUCCGUUUUUUUUUAUUUUGUUUUAAGGUUUUUUUACAUUCAAAACCACACACAAAGGAUUUGCCUGGAACAUGAAGAGCAUAGUGGCUCAGACGGAAUGCCAGCUGCGGCCUCUCAAGGUGUCCGGCUUGGUGACGGCGCUCAAGACGGCCCGCGGUGAUCAGCCGGGCAAGAGCAGCGCGGUCUGCAAGCUGGUGGCGCAGAUGGUGGCCGGUCAGGUGAAGUUCCAGUGGACGCCGCACCUGACGUCGCUGAUCGAACGCCCGGACACGAGCACCCGUCACCUGUGGCGGCCAUAUGUGAGCUACAGCAGCCGCUACGCCCGCAAACUAUCCGGCCAAAUGGAGCGACGCGGCUCGAGCAUCAGCUUCCUCAGUCGCAGCCUGGCGAGGAAGGGUCAGCACUCGAGUUCGACGUGCUGCGUGCUGCCGGUGAAGACGCGAUAUGCCCCCAAAACGCUGCAGGGGCGAGAGUGGCCCAUUUGGCGCCAGUCCUCGAUGCGACCGCUGCUGCUGCCGUCGUCCAAUCUGUGGACGGGUGUGCUCAGCAAGCGUUUCUAUGUCCCACAUGUCCCACGACUGCGUCCCCUCGAGGAGGAGGAGGAGGUGGAGCGCCGCGCAGUGCCCCAGCUGAGGAUCACCAAGGAGCAGAGCGAGGAGGAGGAGCAACAGCUCCAGCGGCGCAAAGACGGCAGUCGCCUGCGCAGCGAGUGCUCUGACAUCUAUUUGUCCAAGGAGGAGCAGGACUACAACGAGCGGGAGCGGGAGAAUAGGCGACAUCGACAGCCCUACGUUCCCAGCGAACUGAUGACCCCCGAACUGGCCACCAAGUGGCAAACCACCAAUGCCACAGGCAGCGACAGGGAGCGCCAGCUGCUGGAUCUCGGCCAGCAGUUGAAGACGCGGCCAUCCGUGCGGAUGACGACACACACCUGGAGCAGCGGCAGCCAGAGGAGACAACGCAGCCGUCGUUCCAGCGCCCAGAGGAAUCCGAUCGUCUCCGAGCUCGAAGGCUGGCGCCGACUGUCCAAUCACCAGCCAGUGCCCGUCUUCCAGGGCGAACCCGCCGAGCAGGAGCACCUGCGUCACGCCAGCAGCAGGACCAGCGCCAGGUGCAUGACGGAGGACCAAGAGAGUUGCCAGAUGGUGUGGGAGCCACAGAAGAGAUCAACGUGGCAGCGCACCCAGAUGACCAGCAGCAAGUCGGGUCAAAUGCCCAGCAUCCGGGCGGCCAAGUCGGCGGUCAUGAUGGCGCAGGAGGCGCGGAACAAGCACCACAGGCUGAUCACCAAGGAGCUGGUCUACAGGCCCAGGCGACCGGUGGACGCAGUGGAAGCAGAGGGCACAGAGGAUCCGGAUCCACGCCAUCGUCCCACCGGCGGAGGCCGGAAGAUGGCCAAGGGAGCUCCGGAGCGGGCACUGCUCAAACAGCAUCUGGCCGAUCUGCUGCCCGUCUCACAGCCAGUGGACUCCUUUCGGAUUGGCUACCAGCCCAAUGCGCCCACCCGGCAGCUCCUCGAGCAGGGCAAGUGCUAUGUGUCGCUGCGCCGCGAGCAGUUCAUCCACCUGCAUCCCGUGCGACCCAAUUCCCUCAUCCAUGCGGCCGAUCUGGAGAUGAGGGAGUCGCCCCGUCAGCCGGUGACCACGCUGCAUCGCAGGGAUGGCGCCAAACGACCGCGUCCCGUGGAGGUGGUGGUCAAGCCAUCGCUACUCACGGUGAUCCGUCAGAAUGCCGCCACCUGGGACCACAAUAGCCGGAAAGUGGCCGCCAAGAGGUGCGAUUUGGUGGGUGUGCGUCCCAAGGAGCAGGCCUACCUGCGGCGCCCGGUGCGGAAUACCUCGUCCGUGGAGGCCAUCGUCAAGGCCCAACGCAGGCCCACAUCCGAACCGAAGAGCCACACGUCGGCCAGUGACUACCACCGAGUGGCGAGCCAGAGGCUGCCGCAUGUGACCAGCAAGCUGGACAUCAGCAAGGCGGCAGAUCCCUUCAAGGAUCUCGACGAGCCGCGCAUCAAGGAGAAGGAGGUGGCCGCCAGCUGGAAGCAGGCGCAUGUGGCCGGCAGCAACAAGUACGAGGCGUCCACUUCCUACCGCCGGCGAGCGUAUCCCGGCAAGAAGUGCACCACCAAGGACAUGACGGACGGUUACUUUCUGGCCAAGCGCAGCUCCUCCACGGCGGUGAUCGCACAAGCGGCAUCCUCGAGGAAGGUGAAGCCACCCAAGCCACCAGUGGUCAGUCCAAAGGUUCAGGUGCCCAGCGUGCUGCACAAGCAGAGGUCCCACGACAGACUUGGUCUGGAGGCCACAAAGCCGGAGAAGCUCUGGCGAUAGGAGCCGUCUUUUGACCACAAAACCCGGACAAUCGAAGGCAAAUCCACAUUCGAAGCGGAAUUCCAAAUUGAGCAGUGAACACUACAAAUAUACAACAUUAUACACACACACACACACACCUGGUGGAUCGAUGCUCCUCCCCGGAGACCUAUUUUCAAAUCGGAAAACUCGGAACUCGAAACUCGAAACUCCAAUCCAAAACUAUACUAUCGCUAAAAUUGCAUCAUUCGAUCUUUCGAAACGAAAACGAGCAGAAUGGAAAAUUCCAAAAAUCUGAGGGUACAACUGCUUCGAAACGAUCGCUUUCAUCCAUAUCCAUAUCCAUUUUGGCAUAUUGAUAGUUCUUUAUAACUCUUUGUUUUCUUUUUAUAUAUAUAGACCACUGUUUUUUUUUUCUUUUUUCGAGAAUAGGAGACAGCCGUUUCAAUGCCGUUUAAAUUGAGACAUUAGUGUUGCUACGAGUAGAGUCAACAAAUUGGUAGUUGUUACAUACGUAUUGCCCAUUACAAAAAAAUGAUAUGAUAUGUUAGUCCCAUAACUCAAUACGCUGCAAAAUUAUGGACAGUGGUGACACUAUGUAAAAAUUCUUGAAUAAAAACGGAAACAAUGGAAUGUCUCGAA